UAACUUGAGGGCUACCCACUUGCAUCUUGGCUAAUAGGCGGCCACCCCCACACGUGACCCAGGACGUCACUGCGGGGAGCCUGGGACGGGCGCUACGGCAACCGGGAAGCGGCGAUGUCGGGGGACGGCGAACGCUCCCCGUUGCUGCCCGCGGAGUUUGGCGAGCCGGGCACUCCCGGGGCGGGCGGGAACCUGGCCGGGCCUGGCGGGCUCGUGCCCUCCGCGCCGCUCCCACCCUACGGGGGCCCCGCGGCAGGAAAGCCGGCCCCGCCCCAUGGCUUCCCACCAUUCCCGGAUGGGCAUCCGGCUGUGCUGCCCGGUGAGGACCCCCCACCCUACUCCCCCAUGGCCAGCCCCGACAGCGGCAGCACCCCCAUGAUCACCUGCCGCGUCUGCCAGAGCCUCAUCAACGUGGAGGGCAAGAUGCACCAGCACGUCGUGAAGUGCAGCGUCUGCAACGAGGCUACGCCAAUCAAGAAUGCCCCCCCAGGAAAGAAGUAUGUGAGAUGUCCCUGCAACUGCCUGCUGAUCUGCAAGGUGACGUCCCAGCGCAUUGCCUGCCCCCGGCCCUACUGCAAAAGAAUCAUUAACCUGGGCCCGGUGCACCCAGGGCCCCUGAGCCCCGAGCCCCAGCCUGUGGGAGUACGGGUCAUCUGUGGGCAUUGCAAGAAUACUUUCCUGUGGACAGAGUUCACAGACCGCACCUUAGCCCGCUGCCCGCACUGCCGCAAAGUCUCCUCCAUCGGGCGCAGGUACCCCUGGAAGAGAUCCAUCUGCUGCCUCCUCCUGGGUGUCCUAGCGGCUGUAGCUGCCACGGGCCUAGCGUUUGGCACAUGGAGGCACGCCCGGCGGUACGGUGGGAUCUACGCCUCCUGGGCGCUUAUCAUUCUCCUGGCAGUGCUGUGUCUGGGCCGGGCCAUGUACUGGGCCUGCAUGCGAGUCAGCCACCCCGUCCAGAACUUCUCCUGAGCCGCCCCUGCUGCGAGGAGCCCCGCCCGUCUCAGCCAGCUCCUGCCCAGCCCCCUGGUCUGCUCCUGUGCCUCUCACCUUGGUUCUGCGCCCCUCCCAACCUGCUGGAGCCUGAGCAGGAGACCCCCACAGGACGGGACCAAUGGAGGCGGCUGCGGUGGUCUCAAGGGCUAGGGGCCCACCAGCCCAAGAGGGCAGCUGAACUAUGGUAGCUCUGUCCAGACCAACCCGAGAGCGAGCUGGAUUACAGUGGCUUGGUUGGGACCCACCCAGCUAGGGGACACUGGGUGACAGAGAUAGGACACCCCCCCCCCCCC